GUGGUUAUAUCCAUGGUGCAGAGCGCAAGAGGAAGCCGCUCGAGGGUCACACUGUCCCAACACCUCCACCACUUUCGCUGGCCAGUACCCGCGCGGAACACGACCGGCGCACACGCACCCGUACGACAUGAUCACGCGAUAAACAACAAUAUUAGUUAUGGUCUGUGAUAACAAAUAUCAUGUCUGUGUGAAAUUGUGAUGCUUAGUUAAUGUGAAUUGUUUAUUGGGAAAAUGGUUGAAAUGAAGUGGUUGCUGGUUGUCGGAGUAGUCCUUUUGCAAUUUCCUGCAUCAGAGAGCCAACGACAACGCAACCCCAACAAGCUUCGCGUCAAUCCGGGACCUCAGCAGCUCCAGGACGUAUUCAACACCACCUCAUGCAUCCCUCCGCCUUAUCGCUGUCCGCACGCUGGGAUGCAGUUCUACCUGUACACCAGAACAACGCAAGCAAAGGGCGAACUCCUAGACACAUUAGACAACAACUCCCUCACGAACUCUCGCUUCAACCCCAGCCACCCCACAAAAGUGGUCGUCCACGGCUUCGGCGGUGGCAGGAACCUCUCACCCAGCACUGACAUGCGCAAAGCCUACUUCACUAAGGGAGACUACAACAUUAUUAUCGUGGAUUAUGGCAGUUUGGUCAAGGAACCUUGUCUUGGACAGAUCGAAUGGGCUCCCCGCUUCGCCGGCAUGUGCAUAGCGCAGAUGCUGGAAUACUUACGGAAGCACCCGACGAAGAAUUUCCCACCGGAACAGGUGCACACCAUCGGGUACAGCGUGGGGGCGCACAUUCUGGGACUGGUCGCCAACUUCCUGCCUAAAAGAAAACUUGGUCGCAUCACAGGUUUAGACCCAACGAUCUUGUUCUAUAUGGGCAACAACCGUUCUCGAGACCUGGACCAUACAGAUGCCCUAUUUGUAGACAUCCUACACACGGGGGCCGGUAUACUUGGCCAAUGGGGUCCCAAUGGCCACGCCGACUUUUACGUCAAUGGCGGCUCGAGCCAGCCUGGAUGCGCGCAUGACACAAUCUUCCAAACGCUCUCAUGCGACCACACAAAGGUGACGCCGUACUUCAUCGAGUCGAUCAACUCUCGCGCAGGCUUCUGGGCCGGACCGUGCCCUAGUUUAUUCUCCUACCUCAUUGGAUGGUGUGAGCCUAAGGACACAGAGUAUGUGCUCAUGGGGGAGCACCUUACCCACAAAGCACGUGGGGUGUUCUAUGUGACGACAAACGCGAAGCCCCCUUACGCACGCGGCUUCCCCGGCAAGUCGCGUCGACUGCGCUCCGCACCGCCCUAUCCUUCCAGCUCUAACAGCUGAAGUUCUGCUCACUAAACUAUCUUCAA